AUGGCCAGCCUUGAUAUACUUCCUGACCUGGUGUAUGACUCCAAAAUUGAGACCGAGUUCUUGGACUCUUGCUGGCGCCACAUAUUCUACGAUACCGGGUCGUCAGCGAAGCAACGCCGGAUUCCCCGUGAGGAACGAUGGAUCCGUCGAGAAUUCGUUGGGCGAGGCACUUAUGGCAGCGUAUAUCUGGAACAGUGUGAUAUUGGCAAUUCUCAAAAGCUGAGGGCGGUAAAAGAAAUCAAAAAGUCGAUCCGCCCAGGAGAGAAACUCGACUAUAUACGUGAGCUAGAAGCGGUGGCAAAGUUCUCACACCAGAAAUAUUCACAUUGCUUUGUGCAAUCACACGGCUGGUUUGAGCUUGGAGAUUCCAUCUUUAUAUCCAUGGAGUAUCUUUCGAAUGGCGAUUUACAAAGGCAUCUCCACGCUGCGCUCAAAGAACCCGAGGCAAGACAAAUUACUUCGCAAGUCUUGGAGGGAUUGACGUUUAUGCACGAUAAUGGCUUCGUGCAUCGCGAUCUCAAGCCAGGGAAUAUCAUGGUCGUCACGACUGGCCCAGACUGGUUCGUCAAAAUCACAGACUUCGGUGUCAGCAAGCGGCGGCAACACGGCAUGAGUUCACUACACACGCAACGCGGCACAGUCGCUUUCAUGGCCCCGGAAAUUUUCCGUUCAGGUGGCUCAUAUGGAUCUUCUGUUGACAUGUGGUCACUCGGCGCCGUCGUGUACAGAAUCGUCACCAACAAAUUGGCUUUUUCAGACUACGAUGGGCUUUUCCAAUUUUCCCACGGCAUGUCGUCGUUUCCUGUACAUGAGUUUGCCAAGAACGGUGUCUCGUCCGAAGCCGAAGAUUUCAUCCUUGCACUCAUGAAAAAGGACCCAAAUGAGCGGCUGUCGGUUGCAGAAGCCGCGCUCCAUCCAUGGAUGGUUGAAAAUCACCAGGACACCAUGACUGACGAUGCCUCUCAAUCCAGCGCUAGAAGUAUGAGCAGCACAGCCUCUAUCCACACAAGCCACGCCCAAGAUUCUAUAGCAUCGAAGGACUGGAGCCUUAGUAGCGGUGGCCUUUCAACCACUCGGCAAGAUACCCUUGACGUGCCAGUUAUAGGUGUCACCACGAAGAUGACUACGACAACCGUCAGCGCGAAUGUGGAUACGAAUAUCAUUGACACGGAUACUACGAUGAAAACAGUUGCUUUCGAGUCACCUAGGCCAUUGAAUUACCAGAAAACCCCUGUUCACGAUGUCCCUAAAGAGGUAGAGCUUCGUGAUGGUCUUCCAGCCAAUGCACCCUUGGUGCUCGAGACCAGGAAAAUAAAUGAAUCUCUAGCGCAUCAAUUGGAUCCGGGAGUCAAGUUUGAGGCCGAGAAAUCACAUCAAGCUGAAUUUCAAAACAUCGUCCACCCAGCGAGGACUAUCAGGAGUCCUGCGAACUUGCAGAGAGGUGGCAAUGAUAUUUCUUUUAGAAAAAAUGCGAUAUUGACGAAAGAAUCAUCCGGUAUCGAUUUGAGUAAUUCAACAGAUCCGACAAUGACCGUAGUGGGCGACGAUAUCAAUGUGAAAGCAAACAACGCCAUUAGUCAAGUAUCAAAAUCAACCGCCGGUGAAGACUCUAGGAGGUGA